CUUAUCGAUGUGGAAGUUGUGAUAUGUGUGUGAUUUCUAGCAAGAGGAGGGAAAGAUUUGAGAGGCUAAACUUUUAUUCAGUGGACAGCUCAGCUUUUGAGUAUGUUAGAAAACGCCUUGUUUUUGAUGAUAUUACACGUGCUAGGAGGACUCUUAGCCCUUCUCACAUGUGUAACCCGAAAAUCAUCAGUCAGACUACUAGAAAAUAAAAAUGGUGUGUGUGUGUGCGCGCAUUACAAUAAAUCUUUGGUUACAUAAAUAAAUAAUAUUAAAUCCAAUAUUCCUCUUUUUUUUCAGACAUUACAUGCAAUGAGGCAUCAUGUGUCUUAUCCCCACUGUGCUGGCAGUAAUUCUUCCCAGCCAGCAGGUGGUGGUGUUUUCAUGUUAAGUUGUUAUUGAACAGUAGAGUGAGUUUAGAAACACGUUUAAUGUCCGAUACAGGCAGUUUAUCAGUCCUCAUGUAAUCCUUCUUCAUCCUGUCUUGUUGUUCAGAGAAGGCACUGCUUGUAAGUUUUUUUUGUUAUUUUAUUACAUCUGAGACAACAUUGAGCUGUAUUUGUGGGCAUUUAUGUUGGAAAAGAUUGAUGUUUGUAAGGCUGAUUGUGACAUGUUAUUUACACAGUAUUAAGUAUUUGUACCCUUACUAUUUGUAUUCUAAAUCAUGUUUUUCAUCUUUAUUUGUAGUUUCACUCUUUUGGCAUUGAAAGCAACGUCCAUUAAAGUGACAUACGCCUGUCAAUCGUCUGAGAGUUUAUCUAUCUGCACAACUGUUACCUGGAAACACAGUGGGGGCAGAACAGUGAAAAAGCACAGAUCUACACAACAAGCAGUGAAUGUUUACGUCGAAGAUCUACUAUAUAAACUAAAGAUGUCUCAAAAAGCUGGAAAGGCUCCGUCAACUCGCUCUAGCAAGACACACCUGUCAAAUUCAAGUAAGUCGUCUGCAAGCAUGGCUGCUGUAAAUGCAAGGGCGAAAGCUGAAGCAGCUCGCACUAGAGCUGAAUUUGCUAAAAAGGAAAUCACAAUGAAAGUUAAGAAAGCAGAACUGGAAGCCACAUUACUGGUUCUGCAACACCAGUGUGAUGCAGAGGCAGCUCAUGCUGAGGCAAACGUUUAUGAGGCAGCUGCUAAUGAAGAAGAACAUAUGUCUCGACCAGAACAGCAAAAUGAUGAUUCUUUAGAACGCACUGGCAAUUACGUCAAAGAACAACUUGUCUUAAAAGGUAGUCUAACUCCAUUUGAUAUUCUAGAGUACAAUGAAGUACCUGCAGCCACGACAUUUUGUCAACCCAAACAAGAACCUGACCUUUCCGUAGACACUCUGAAAGACUAUGUUCUUCCAUCAAACAUUUCAACCAACCAUGAAGCUGUUCCUCAACUAUCCCAGCGUAAUCCUGUACUUAAAACGUCACCAAGCUUCAAACAUGAUGCCCAAUCAAAGGACCAAGUUAACAUGUCUGAUCUAACAAGGUUCCUGGCUAGAAGUGAGCUACUCACUGGAGGACUAAGGAAGUUUAGUGACAAACCAGGAGACUACUGGUCUUGGAAAUCCUCCUUUGAGAAUGCAAUCCGUAACUUACAUUUGUUUGCCAGUGAAGAACUGGACUUAUUGGUCAAAUGGCUAGGCCCAGAGUCCGUGAAGCACGCAGAGCGUCUAAGAGCAGUGCAUGUCAAUAAUCCUGAACAAGGGUUGCUUAAAGUUUGGGAUAGACUACAAGAAUGUUAUGGUUCUCCUGAAGCCUUAGAAAGGGCACUGUUGGAUCGGAUGCUACAAUUCCCCAAGAUCUCAAACAAAGAUCCACAUCUCCUGAGAGAACUUGCAGACCUUCUACUGGAGAUCGACUCAGCAAAGAGUGAAGGUUACAUACCAGGUCUACUCUACCUCGACACAGCAAGGGGAAUCCACCCUGUGGUCGAUAAGUUGCCUUUUGGAAUACAAGAAAAGUGGAUGAACCAUGGGACUAAAUACAAAGAAAAACAUUCUGUGUCAUUUCCACCAUUUUCUGUAUUUGCCAACUUUGUUUCUAGUGAAGCAAAAAUGCGCAAUGAUCCCAGUUUUAGACAUUCAGUCGAGCAACCACCAGCACCUGUCAAGAUGUUUAAAUAUCAGGAAAGGCACAGCAGGAAAGAACCCAUCUCAGUAAGUCGGACAGAAGUUGUAAACUCUCAACUAAAACCUUUAGCUGAGACAAAGAUUGUGGAUGUGGAUAAAGAAUGUCCCAUCCACAGAAAACCCCAUGCUCUGAAAAGAUGUAGAGCAUUCAGAGAAAUGCCCUUUGAGGAACGAAAGAUCUACCUUAAAAGGAACUCAAUAUGCUUCAGAUGUUGCGCCUCUACCAAUCACCAGGCAACGAAUUGUAGUACAGAGAUAAGCUGUGCAGAAUGCGGCAUCAACAGUCAUGUUUCAGCCCUUCAUCCUGGUCCAGCAGUUUGGGCAACAACAACAUCACCAGCUGUAAGGCAGCCAGUGGACGUUCACGGCGGGGAGCAAGAUCAAGCAUCACCUACCGCUACCUCUACCUGUACCCAGGUGUGUGGAAGUGAAAUCGAAAGUCAUUCUUGUGCCAAAAUCUGUCCAGUCUUCAUCUAUCCAAAGGGGUCUCCUGAGAAGAAGCUGAAAACAUAUGCAAUCUUGGAUGACCAAAGUAACAGGUCCCUUGCUAGAUCUUCAGUCUUCGAUGCCUUCAGUAUUACAAGGAGAUCUUAUCCUUACAUGCUGAAGACUUGUGCAGGAACAGAAGAAGUAAUGGGGAGAAGAGCUCACAGCUUCAUUGUGGAAUCAGUGGAUUGCCAGUCACAUCUGUUGCUAGAGACGCUCAUCGAGUGUGAUAUGCUUCCAGACAAUCGGAAUGAAAUUCCAACGCCUGAAGCUGCUCAACACCACUCCCACCUCCGGGACAUAGCUGCAGAAAUUCCCAAGCUGGAUCCAGACGCUAACAUCUCGCUUCUCAUAGGGAGAGAUGUUGUCCAAGCACAUAAGGUUAUUGACCAACGUAAUGGACCUCUAAACGCCCCAUUCGCUCAGAAGCUGGCUCUCGGAUGGGUCAUAGUUGGAGAUGUUUGCCUCGGCGGGGCACACAAACCCGACUAUGCAAGUGUCUUCAAAACCAAUUUUCUGGAUAAUGGUCGGCCCAGUCACUUUCUACCGUGUAAGAAUGCUAUUCAGGUGGCAGAAGGCUUUGACUCCCCAGUUCCUCAAAAGGUCAGUUUCCGCACAUCUGCAAAGACAAAAUGGUCAGACGUCACAGACAUUGGAGAAACAAUCUUUCAACAAACAAGCUCAGAUGAGAGACCUGGCUUCUCACAAGAAGAAAGGGCCUUUCUUCAGAUAAUGAACGAGGCAGUCUUUCAAGAUAGUUCAAAUAGUUGGGUCGCUCCACUACCCUUUCGUUCCCCUAGGCCAUGCCUUCCCAACAACAGGCAGCAAGCUAUACAGCGCCUUACUUCUGUUCGCCAUAUUCUGAAUAAACGUCCUAAAAUGAAAGAACACUUCCUACAAUUUAUGCAAACCAUACUUGAUAACGGCCACGCAGAAUUGGCUCCCCCUCUCAAAGAACAGGAGGAGUGCUGGUAUCUCCCUUUCUUUGGAGUUUAUCAUCCUCGCAAGUUAGACCAGAUUCGGAUUGUGUUUGACUCCAGUGCACGUCACGAUGGAUUGUCACUCAAUGACGUUCUUCUUACAGGCCCUAAUCUUAACAACAGUCUCUUAGGUGUUCUAAUGCGUCUCAGAGAAGAACAAGUGGCAGUGACCGCUGAUAUUAAGCAGAUGUUCCAUUGCUUUGUGGUCAGAGAGGACCAUCGGAACUUCUUACGAUUUCUUUGGCAUAAAAACAAUGACAUGGAACAACCGAUUGUGGAGUAUCGCAUGACUGUUCAUGUUUUUGGCAACAGUCCGUCGCCUGCAGUUGCAACCUAUGGGCUUCAUUGUGCAUCAGAAGACCAGGAGAAACAGGACAACACAACAAGACAUCUUGUAGAACGCCACUUCUACGUUGAUGAUGGCCUUGCCUCCUUUUCAUCGUGUGAUGAGGCAAUCUCCGUUGUCAAGAACGCUCAACAAACAUUGGCUGCAUCCAAUUUAAAGUUGCACAAGAUUGCAUCUAACGAUAUUAAUGUGAUGAAAGCAUUCCCCAAGGAGGACCUGGCAAAGGGCCUUAAAGAUCUCAACCUUGGAGCAGACCCUCCACCAAUGCAAAGCAGCCUCGGAAUAAGUUGGGACAUCAACACAGACGAGUUCACCUUUCAAGUCUCAAGUGAAGAGAAACCUUACACACGUAGAGGAGUGCUGUCAACUGUAAACAGUUUGUACGAUCCGCUUGGAUUCGCAGCCCCAGUGAGUAUUCAAGGUAGAGUUCUUCUAAGGGAGCUUUCAACUGAAACCAUCAACUGGGAUGACCCACUUCCAGACAAGAAACUACAGGAAUGGAGUGCAUGGAGGAACUCUCUAAAACAUCUUGAGCAAGUGAGGAUCCCUAGACAGUACACCUCCCUUUCCUUUCAUAAUGCCACAAACAGAGAAUUGUGCAUAUUCUGUGAUGCCUCUACUAAGGCAAUUGCUGCCGUGGCUUACGUCAAGAUUUCAGAUGCAGAAGGCAAAAGUGAACUUGGUUUCAUGUUUGGCAAAGCAAAACUUGCUCCACAAAAAGAAGUUACCAUCCCGAGGUUAGAACUUUGUGCAGCUGUCCUUGCCAUUGAGAUUGCUGACAUGAUAUCUGAGGAGAUUGAUGUUCCCUUCCACUCAACAAAGUUCUUUACCGACAGCAAGGUAGUUCUCGGCUACAUUCAGAAUGAGUCCAGGAGAUUCUACGUUUACGUCUGUAACCGGGUGCAAAGAAUAAGGAAGUCAUCUAAUCCAGACCAAUGGAACUACAUUCCUACAGAGUUCAAUCCAGCUGAUAUAGCUUCAAGAUCCAUCCCAGCUCAAGCCUUGGAGAACAGCAAGUGGAUCACAGGACCAGAUUUCCUACUGAGGCAAAACAGGCACACUGAACAAACCGAAACCUCUUUCAACCUAGUCGACCCUGAAUCCGACCCAGAGAUUCGUCCUACAGUAACCUGUUGUCUAACAGUACUAACAGACUCUUUCCUAGACCCAAGUCAUUUCGAGUCAUUUUCAUCGUGGAAGUCACUGUUGAGGGCCAUAGCUAGACUGGUUCACAUAGUCAGACUGUACAAGAAGGAGAAUCAAACGAGCAAAUGUCAAGGUUGGCAUAUGUGCAAAGACCUGAGCCCAGAUGAUUUUCUAACAGCAAAGCGUAUCAUUUUGAGCAGCCUUCAGCGCAAGAGCUACCCUGAAUUAUUUACAUGUAUUAGAGAUCGGAAGGAGAUCCCUAAACAUAGUCAUCUCAGGAAACUGUCACCCUACAUUGAUGACUCAGGUUGCCUCAGAGUAGGAGGUCGUCUUGCACAAGCCAAUCUCCAAAGCGAUGAAGCAAACCCAUAUAUUAUUCCUAGUCAUCAUCAUCUGACCACCCUUCUGGUACGUCACUAUCAUCAGCGUGUACAGCAUCAAGGACGUCUCUUUACAGAAGGUGCUGUGAGGUCAGCUGGCCUUUGGAUCAUUGGUGGAAAACGAUGCAUCAGCUCGGUUAUUUACCACUGUGUAAUCUGCCGUAAGUUGAGGCGGAAUACGGGAGAACAAAAGAUGGCAGACCUGCCAAUGGAUCGUACUGCAGUUGCUCCUCCAUUCACUUAUGUCGGAGUCGAUGUUUUUGGACCUUGGAUCGUAACUUCUCGGCGAACACGGGGAGGCUAUGCAAACAAUAAACGCUGGGCUGUUAUCUUCAGUUGUUUGAGUACUAGGGCCAUUCAUGUCGAGGUAAUGGAAUCCAUGGAGUCCUCAAGCUUCAUCAAUGCCUUUCGAAGAUUCAUUUCCAUCCGUGGACCGGUGAAGCAAUUGAGAUCCGACUGUGGAACUAACUUCCUAGGAGCAUGCAAGGAACUUGGCAUAACUCCAACACAUUGCAACAAUCAAGAAAUUCAGGAUUUCUUAAAUGAAAAUGAGUGUACAUGGAUUUUUAAUCCACCUCAUGCCUCACAUAUGGGAGGAAGUUGGGAGCGCAUGAUUGGCAUCACAAAGCGCAUAUUAGAUUCCAUGUUAUCAAGUACUCCAACUCAGCAUCUCACCCAUGAAGUGCUAGUUACCUUUCUAGCUGAGGUAACUGCCAUUGUGAACUCUCGACCUUUAACUCCAGUCUCUUCUGAUCCUGAUUGUCCCUUUAUUCUCACACCUGCUACCCUCCUUACCCAAAAGACUGGGGAUUCCUCUAUACCUCCUGGAGACUAUGAGAGUGGAGGUCUUUACAGACGGCAGUGGAGGCAGGUGCAACAUCUCUCGAAUGUUUUUUGGCAUCGUUGGAGGAGUCAAUACUUGCCUACCUUGCAACCGCGACGGAAGUGGCAAUCAGAGAAACCUAAUCUUCAAGUUGGAGAUCUUGUGCUUUUAAAGGACUGUCAAGCCAAGAGGAACCAGUGGCCCAUGGGUAUUGUGGUCAAUACCUUUCCUAGCCAAGAUGGACAUGUUAGGAAGCUUGAAAUAAAAAUCAGUUCUGGAGAUACUUGUAAGACCUUCUUGAGGCCAGUCACUGGAGUUGUUCUCCUUCUGAAAAACGCCUGCGGCAAGGACAGUAGUUAGACAUAAAGUGACAUGAUGUCAGGCGGGGAGUGUGCUGGCAGUAAUUCUUCCCAGCCAGCAGGUGGUGGUGUUUUCAUGUUAAGUUGUUAUUGAACAGUAGAGUGAGUUCAGAAACACGUUUAAUGGCCGAUACAGGCAGUUUAUCAGUCUUCAUGUAAUCCUUCUUCAUCCUGUCUUGUUGUUCAGAGAAGGCACUGCUUUUUCACUCUUUUGGCAUUGAAAGCAACGUCCAUUAAAGUGACAUACGCCUGUCAAUCGUCUGAGAGUUUAUCUAUCUGCACAACUGUUACCUGGAAACACAGUGGGGGCAGAACACCCACAUCUCAUACCACAUGUACAUACCCCUCCUAACUCGCCUCCUUUACUACCUUCUGCAUCUCAACAAUUACCUGACGAGGAUCUGACGGAGCGUGGU